AUGGCCUCCCAGCAGCCGUGCGUCCCCUGCUCCCCGGAAUCCCCGGGCGAAGACAGGAAGGUAGUGUCCCAGCUGCGUAGCGUGCAGCUGUCCUCGGUCCCCUCCAGCGACCUCGAGCAACUGUUCCACAAACUGCCUGGUGUGGCUCUGAUGAGGGCCUAUGGCCGCUUCAAGCUGUCGACGUUGGAGGCACGCCAGGACCGGCUGCUGGCUCCCUAUGACCCCCUGGAGGUCAGCAAGGCCUCACCACCACCCAAGGAGCACCCGAAGCCUGAGAAGAAGUUCUGGGGCGACCAGGAAACCCUCUCCAAGAUCCCGUUUAAAGUUCUGAGGGGACAUGAGGACCUUGUGAGCUCCUGUAACUUCUGUGUGGAUGACACAAAGCUCCUCAGUGGCUCCUAUGACUGCUCUCUGAAGUUGUGGGAUGCUGUGGAUGGCUUGGUCAUUCGAGAUUUUGAGCAUGGGCCCAAAGCUCCUGUUUUAGAGUGCAGCGUGACGGCUGACAGCAGAAGAAUUAUCACAGCAUCCUAUGACAAAGCGGUGAGGGCUUGGGACCUUGAGACAGGCAAGCUGCUGUGGAAGAUCAAUCAUGAAACCUUCAUAGCCUCCUGUAAGCUUUCUCCUGAUGGCAAAUACGUGGUCUCAGCCUUGGAUGUGGACCGUGCGAUCUGUAUAACAGAUGCAGAAAAUGCCACCACUGUGUCACACAUCAAAAAUCAUCAUAGCCGGUCUCUCACAGCAUGCUGCUUUGACCCCAAUAGCCAGAGGGUGGCUUCCGUCUCACUGGACAAAAGCAUCAAGAUCUGGGAUAUUACAUCCCAGACCACGCUGCUCACCAUCACCAAGGCGCAUUCCAGUGCAAUCUCAAACUGCUGCUUUACCUCCAGUGGCCAUUUCCUGUGUACAAGCUCUUGGGAUAAAACCUUAAAAAUAUGGAAUGUCCAUACAGGGGAGUUUCGGAACAGUGGCGCCUGUGUGACUCUGAUGAAGGGUCAUGAAGGUUCUGUGAGCUCCUGCCAGUUUUCCAGAGACACCUCUUUUCUCGUGUCUGGAGGGUUCGACAGGACUGUGGCUAUCUGGGAUGUAGGAGAAGGCUACCAGAAGCUCUCCUUGAAGGGCCAUAGUGACUGGGUGACAGACGUUGCCAUUAGCAACAACAAGAAAUGGGUCCUGUCUGCUUCAAAGGACAAAACCAUGAGACUAUGGAAUAUUGAAGAAAUUGACCAAAUUCCUUUGGUAAUCGAGUACAAAAAGGCCCUGGGCUUAAAGGUGAAACAGUGUGAAGUAUGUGACAGGCCUUUCUCCAUCUACGAAAGUGACAUCUUUUCUGAAACAGUCACCAAAUGUGUGUUCUGCCGGAUGGAUGCAAAAGACUCGUCCACAGAGGCCUCCUCAUCGUCAGGAGGAGAAGACUCACCGUCACGGGAGUACAGCCUGGGCACAGAUGACGGAUGGCCAUUGGGCCUGUUGACUGACUUGAGCACAGGAGGCCGGAGGCGCCCCCAGGGCGGGAAGGCCGCCGACCCCGAGCGCGGCCCCGGAGCGCCGCCGCAUCCCGGGCCGAGGACGCCGGUGCGACGGCUGCGCUGCGCGCUCACCGCGGAGCCACCGCGGGGUGUGCGCCCCGACAGGACACUCGGGGCUCGGCCUCGCCGGACGGCCUGA